AAACUGAGGUGACAGGAGGGUGGUGCUGCAGUUCAUAUCUCAAUGCUUAGAUGUUAUAACUCAGCUCCUGCCUUAUCAAGCAACCAUGUCAGAAGGGGACAGCAUUGGUGAUUCCGUGCAUGGAAAGCCUUCUGUGGUCUAUAGAUUCUUCUCAAGACUUGGACAGAUCUACCAGUCCUGGUUAGACAAAUCUACUCCAUAUACUGCAGUGCGAUGGAUUGUCACUUUGGGUCUGAGUUUUAUCUACAUGAUUAGAGUUUAUUUACUACAGGGUUGGUACAUCGUGACAUAUGCCUUGGGAAUCUACCAUCUAAAUCUCUUCAUAGCUUUCCUGUCGCCAAAGGUAGACCCCUCUUUAAUGGAAGAUUCAGAUGAUGGUCCUUCCUUACCUACAAGGCAAAAUGAAGAAUUUCGGCCUUUCAUUAGAAGGCUCCCAGAGUUUAAAUUCUGGCACUCUGCCACUAAAGGAAUCCUGGUUGCUAUGGCAUGUACAUUCUUCGAGGCUUUCAACGUUCCUGUUUUUUGGCCAAUCCUUGUGAUGUACUUCAUUAUGCUAUUUUGUAUCACUAUGAAGAGGCAAAUCAAGCACAUGAUAAAGUACAGAUAUAUACCCUUCACACAUGGAAAGAGGAAAUACAAAGGGAAAGAAGAUGUGGGAAAGACCUUUGCCAGCUAGAAGAUGCAAUCAACCUGUUGACCAAUUCUACUUCUAACUAAAGGAACGAUUUUGAGCCAUUGUAACAAUGCCUUUUGUCUUCAUAAAAAAUGAUUAACAGAGUGGUGA